GCACCGUUUUAUGUGUCUCGGACGUGACGAUGGCGAGUGUGCUGCGCUGCCACGAUCUCGUGCGCCUUGUGGCGUCGUUCCAGGAUGGUCAAUACCUCGCCGUGUGUAGCUUCCUCCGCCUGCCGCGCAGCUGCUUUGCCGACCUCGACAUGCCACCAGACGUCGAGUGGGGCCACCACUACGCCCGCGCCGUCGCCACCGACGGCGACGUGGCCGCAUGGUACGCCACGUACGGCGUCCACGGCCUUUUGCGCCUCCUCGCUGCCAACGUCCGGCCCUGCGUCCAAGGCAUCUACUAUUGGAUCGUAGCGUGCCGAUGCGAACGCCUCUUGCAAGCGAUUGAGAUUGCCUGCCCAUCGACUGCACCGCGUGGCUUGCUCGACGUUGCCGCUGCCCGCGGCCACGAGACACUCGUACACUGGCUACAGUCCCACGGCCAUGACACGUGCUCGACAAACGCGAUGGACCUUGCGGCCGAGCGCGGCAGUCUUCGCGUCCUCGCGUACCUCCAACGGCACCGAACCGAAGGCGCGACGUCGGUCGGUUUCGAAGCCGCCGUCCAACAAGGUCACCUCGACGUCGUGCGUUUUCUUUACGAGCACUACCCAGGCCUCUGUCGUCCCAACAUUUACGAGAUCGCGGCCGCGUAUGGCCAACUCGACGUUCUCAAGUAUCUCUGUCGGUACACGGCCCCCUUUGCCGUCUCCAUCCAGCGCGCCAAGCAAACCGCAGCGCAGACAGGUCACUUUGACGUGCUCCUCGCCCUCCACAAGCUCUACCCACGCCCUGAGCACCUAGUGCCCAUUGCACGUAGCGCGCUCAAGCGUCAGCACGUCGCGCUCUGCGAUUUUUUCGCGCGUUCUCUCUGGCCCGUACGAGGAAGCUUGGAAGCCUACGUCGGCCGCAACUGCGUACAGUCGUGCAUCAUUGAAGCGUCACGCGCAGGCAAUUUGCCGAUACUCGAGCUCAUCGACGUCUACGAGCCGCGCGUACCAUGGCCCCCGGAGGCCUUCGAGCGCGCAGUCGCGGCGGGCCACGACCACAUUGCUCACCUCAUUUCAUCCCGGCACCAAGAGGCGGUGACGCUGACGUCGGUCGACGCUGCCAUGGCCAGCACGCGAGCACCACUCGCCCUUGUCGUAUUUCUCCUCGAGACGUUGGGUUUGCGCAGCGACCCACGCAUUGCGGUGCUCCACGGCCGAACGGAUGUCUUACAAUACCUCGUGGACCACCCGUGGGCGGUUCGUGACGGCGGCUGGGGCCCCGAGCUUCUCAACUUGGCUGCUGCGCACGGUCGGCUCGAUAUGGUCACACUUCUGCACACAAGGCGCCCGGACGAUGGCUGCACGUAUGCUGCGAUGAACCUCGCCGCGGGUUUUGGCCACUUGGACGUCGUCGCGUAUCUAAACGAGCACCGAUCCGAGGGCUGCACGGACGACGCGCUGUGGAAAGCGAUGGGUCGCCGCCACUACGCUAUGGUGCAGUACCUUUACAGCCAUUGUGCUGGCUACUUUAGCAGUGACGCUAUGGCGGCGGCCAAGACCUUUCUUGGCGCGCCUGUGCACUGGGACCGCAAAGGCAGUCUUGGUGAGCUCGUCUGCUAGUAGAUAUUACAUGUACUUGACAAACAAUAGUAUCCUUACCGUGUAGCCGAUAUCGAUAACGCCACGGGCUGAAGACUGCCGCAGCACGAGUUGGUCGUAGCAGCCGCCGCUUGUAAUGCGGCAAGACUACUCUAACCGAGUGCGUAUGGCGAUUAACACGUAGCUAGAGUCAAAGUGGUUGAAUUUCAUUGCCGCCCGUG